UGUUUCAGACGGGCAUGGUGGGCUACCCCGAGGCUCUUACCGACCCUUCCUACCACUGCCAGCUGCUGACCCUCACUUACCCUCUGGUGGGCAACUAUGGUGUGCCGCAGGACGAAGAGGGAGAGUUUGGACUGAGCAAGUGGUUUGAGUCGUCAAAGAUCCACGCUGCAGCUCUUAUUAUCGGAGAGCUGUCGGAGAGUCCCAGUCACUGGAGUUCAGUCAAAUCACUUGACCAGUGGCUCAAAGAGCAAGGUGUCCCUGGAUUACAAGGCAUUGACACCCGCUGUCUGACCAAGAAGAUCAGAGAGAAGGGCACCAUGUUGGGGAAGCUGGUUGUGGACGGGACCCCUGAGGACAGUAUUCCCUUUGACAACCCAGACCAGAGGAACCUGGUCCAGGAGGUCUCCCUGAAGGAGCCCAGAGUAUUCAACCCCAGUGGCAGUUUGCGAAUCACAGUGGUGGACUGUGGCAUCAAAUACAACCAGAUCCGCUGCCUGGCUGAGAGGGGUGCCUGUGUCACUGUUGUACCCUGGGACCACCCGUUGGACAACACAG